GGCGUGUGAGCCGCUUGGACGUCUGGCUCCCCGGCUGCCGAAGGCGCCUUCCUUCGCUGUGCUCUGUGCUUGUUGGUUUCCUGUCACCAUGGCGCUGGCAGUCUUGCGGGUCCUGGAGCCCUUCCCGACGGAGACACCCCCGUUGGCGGUGCUGCUGCCACCUGGGGGCCCGUGGCCUGCGGCGGGGCUGGGCCUGGUGCUGGCGCUGCGGCCUGCCGGGGAGAGCCCGGCAGGGCCGGCGCUGCUAGUGGCCGCCCUGGAGGGACCGGGCGCGGGCACCGAAGAGCAGGGGCCGGGGCCUCCGCAGCUGCUGGUGAGCCGCGCGCUGUUGCGGCUCCUGGCCCUGGGCUCCGGGGCAUGGGUGCGGGCGCGGCCGGUGCGGCGGCCCCCGGCGCUGGGCUGGGCGCUGCUCGGCACCUCGUCUGGGCCCGGGCUCGGACCGAGAGUCGGGCCGUUGCUGGUGAGGCGCGGAGAGACCCUGCCAGUACCCGGACCGCGGGUGCUGGAGACGCGGCCGGCGUUACAAGGGCUACUGGGCCCAGGGACGCGACUAGCUGUGACUGAGCUCCGUGGGCGGGCCAAACUGGGUCCGGAGACUGAGGACAGCAGCCGGCCCCCACCCCCGCCGGUGGUGUCCUCCUUCGCGGCCUCUGGCACAGUCCGGCGACUCCGGGGAGUUCUGGGAGGGACUGGAGAUGCAUUGGGGGUGAGCCGGAGCUGUCUCCGUAGCCUCAGCCUCUUCCAGGGCGAAUGGGUGUGGGUGACCCGGGCUGGAGAGUCAUCGAACACUUCCCAGCCACACUUGGCCACGGUGCAGGUCCUAGAGCCUCGCUGGGACCUCUGUGAAAGGCUGGGACCCGGCUCUGGGCAGCUGGGAGAGCCCCUCGCUGACGGACUGGCCCUCGUGCCUGCUACUCUGGCUUUUAAUCUCGGCUGUGAUCCCCUGGAGGUGGGAGAGCUUAAAAUUCAGAGAUACUUGGAGGGCUCCAGCACCCCUGAAGACAAAGGAAGCUGCUCAGUGCUGCCUGGGCCUCCGUUUGCCAAAGAGUUACACAUCGAAAUUGUGUCCUCUCCUCACUACAGCACUAAUGGAACUUAUGACCAUGUUCUUUACCGGCACUUUCAGACACCCAGGGCAGUCCAGGAAGGGGAUGUUCUGUGUGUGCCAACAGUCGGACAAGUAGAGAUCCUGGAAGGAAGCCCAGAGAAACUGCCCAGGUGGCGGGAGAUGUUUUUUAAAGUGAAGAAAACAGUUGGGGAAGCUCCGGAUGGGCCAACCAGGGCCUACGUAGCUGACACCACCCACACCUCCUUGUACUUGGUGGGUUCUACCCUGAGCCUUGUCCCAAGGCUCCCUUCAGGUGAAUCCACUCCCUGGAGCAGCUUGUCUCCUCCAGGCCUGGAGGGCUUGGUGACUGAGCUCUGUGCUGCCCUGAAGCCUCGCCUCCAGCCAGGGGGUGCCCUGUUGACAGGAACAGGCAGUGUCCUUCUACGGGGCCCCCCGGGCAGUGGGAAGACCACUGCAGUCGCUGCCGCCUGCAGCUGCCUCGGGCUCCACUUACUGAAGGUGCCCUGCUCCAGCCUCUGUGCAGACAGUAGCGGGGCUGUGGAGACAAAACUGCAGGCCACUUUCUCCCGGGCUGGGCGCUGCCGGCCUGUGGUUCUGUUGCUGACAGCUGUGGACCUGCUGGGCCGGGACCGUGAUGGGCUAGGCGAGGAUGCCCGUGUGGUGGCCACACUGCGUCGCCUCCUCCUGGAUGAAGACCCCCUCACCAGCUGCCCUCCCCUGAUGGUCGUGGCCACCACAAGCCGGGCCCAGGACCUGCCUGUGGAUGUGCAGACAGCGUUUCCUCACGAGCUGGAGGUGCCUGUGCUGUCAGAGGGCCAGCGGCUCAGCAUCCUGCGGGCCCUCACUGCCCACCUCCCACUGGGCCAAGAGGUGAACCUGGCGCAGCUGGCACGGCGGUGUGCAGGCUUUGUGGUAGGGGAUCUCUAUGCCCUUUUGACCCACAGCAGCCGGGCAGCCUGCACCAGGAUCAAGAACUCGGGCUGGGCAGGUGGCUUGAGUGCGGAGGAUGAGGGGGAGCUGUGUGCUGCUGGCUUUCCUCUCCUGGCUGAGGACUUUGGGCAGGCGCUGGAGCAGCUGCAGUCAGCUCACUCCCAGGCCGUCGGAGCCCCCAAGAUCCCCCUGGUGUCCUGGCACGAUGUGGGUGGGCUGCAGGAGGUGAAGAAGGAGAUUCUGGAGACUAUUCAGCUCCCUCUAGAGCACCCUGAGCUGCUGAGCCUGGGCCUGAGGCGCUCCGGCCUUCUGCUCCACGGGCCCCCUGGCACGGGCAAGACCCUCCUGGCCAAGGCAGUAGCCACUGAGUGCAGCCUUACCUUCCUCAGCGUGAAGGGGCCCGAGCUGAUCAACAUGUACGUGGGCCAAAGCGAGGAGAAUGUACGGCAUGUGUUUGCCAGGGCCAGGGCCGCAGCUCCAUGCAUCAUCUUCUUUGAUGAACUGGACUCCUUGGCCCCAAGCCGGGGGCGAAGUGGAGACUCUGGAGGUGUGAUGGACAGGGUGGUGUCUCAGCUCCUGGCCGAGCUGGACGGGCUUCACAGCACUCAGGAUGUGUUUGUGAUUGGAGCCACCAACAGACCAGACCUCCUGGACCCUGCCCUUCUGAGGCCCGGCAGGUUUGACAAGUUGGUGUUUGUGGGAGUGAGCGAGGACCGCGCCUCCCAGCUGCGUGUUCUGAGCGCCAUCACGCGCAAAUUCAGGCUCGAGCCCUCUGUGAGCCUGGUAGACGUGCUGGACCACUGCCCACCCCAGCUGACGGGCGCAGACCUCUACUCCCUGUGCUCCGAUGCCAUGACAACUGCCCUCAAACGCAGGGUUCGGGACCUGGAGGAAGGCCUGGAGCCCGGGAGCUCGGCACUGCUGCUCACCAUGGAGGACCUGCUGCAGGCUGCAGCCCGGCUACAGCCCUCGGUCAGCGAGCACGAGCUGCUCCGGUACAAGAGCAUCCAGCGCAAGUUUGCUGCCUGCUAGGAGCCUCCUGCAGCCCGGGACCUUGCCCGCAGGGGCUAAAGGUAUCUCCACAGAGACCUGAGAGAGCAAAGGCUCUUUCUCAGGCCAGUGCCACCGGCCCACCCGAACGCUGCCUACCUCCAGGCACUCCCUUGAGUGCCGAGUGGCAUCAGGAGCCCCGAGAGAGCUCAGGAGGCAUCCUCUUCCCACCUGUCCGCCCUCCAGGCCAGCUCCAAGACUAAGGCCCCUCUGCUCAGGAGGAAGGAUCAGGUCCUGAGGGAGCCCCAUCUGUGGCUGAAAAUAAAGCAUAUGCCGCCCCCUGCUGGUGUCGUGGU